AUGCAAAUCUUUAGUCUAGUUUACAUUUUCCUUUUUCUAUCUUUCCUCUUUUUGCUAAGAAAAUGGAAAAACUCCAAUAGCCAAACAACUAAAAAAUUACCUCCAGGUCCAUGGAAACUUCCUUUAAUAGGAAGCAUGCAUCACAUUGUUGGUGGAUAUCCACAUCAUGUCCUUAGAGAUUUGGCAAAAAAAUAUGGUCCUCUAAUGCACCUUCAACUUGGUGAAGUUUGUGUUGUUGUUGUUACUUCUUCUGAGAUGGCUAAACAAGUACUAAAAACUCAUGACCUCGCUUUUGCAUCUAGGCCUAAACUCUUGGUCACGGAUAUUAUCACUUAUGAUAGUCGUGACAUCGCCUUUAGCCCUUAUGGUGACUACUGGAGACAAAUGCGUAAAAUUUGUGUCAUGGAACUGUUGAAUGCAAAGAAUGUCCGGUCAUUCAGUUCGAUUAGACAUGAUGAGGUUGUUCAUCUUAUCGACUCUAUACGAUCAUCUUCAUCUUCUGGAGAGCCAGUUAAUUUUACAGAAAGGAUGAUUUGGUUUGCAAGCUCCAUGAUAUGUAGAUCAGCAUUUGGUCAAUUACUAAAAGAUCAAGACAUAUUUAUAAAACUAAUUAGAGAAGUGUUAAGAUUAGCAGAUCAAGGCUUUGAUAUGGCUGACAUUUUCCCUUCCUACAAGUUUCUUCAUGGUCUUGGUGGAGUGAAGAAAAAAAUUCUAGAUGUACACUGUAAAGUAGAUUCAAUUGUUGAGGAUGUCAUCAAUGAGCACAAGAAGAAUUUUGCAAAUCACAAGACUAGUGAUGAUGCAUUGGGAGGUGGUGAAGACCUAAUUGAUGUCCUACUAAGACUUAUGAAGGAUAAAAGUCUUCAAUUUCCCAUCAACAACCACAAUAUCAAAGCUAUUAUUAUUGACAUGUUUACUGGUGGAACGGAAACUACAUCAACAACAACUAUAUGGGCUAUGGCUGAAAUGAUGAAAAAUCCAAGUAUAUUCGCCAAAGCUCAAGAAGAAGUGCGAGAAUCCUUUAGAGAUAAAGUAAAGUUUGAUAAAUAUGAUGUCGAGGAGUUGAAAUACCUAAAGUUAGUCGUUAAAGAAACUCUAAGACUCCAUCCACCAAUUCCACUUUCGGUCCCAAGAGAAUGUAGGGAAGAGACGGACAUAAACGGCUACACUAUUCCUGUGAAGACUAAAGUUUUGAUUAAUGUUUGGGCAUUGGGAAGAGAUCCAAAAUAUUGGGAUGACGCUGAAAGCUUUAAGCCAGAGAGAUUUGACCAGUGCUCUGUGGACUUUAGUGGUAAUAGUUUUGAAUUUCUUCCCUUUGGUAGUGGGAGGAGGGUUUGUCCUGGGAUAUCAUUUGGUUUAGCUAAUAUUUAUUUGCCAUUGGCUCAAUCGCUUUAUCACUUCGAUUGGAAACUCCCUACUGGAAUGGAGCCAAGAGACUUGGACUUGACUGAAUCGGAUGGAAUAACUGCCAGUAGAAAAAAUGACCUUUACUUGAUUGCGACUCCUUAUCAAUAA